UUUUUUCAUAAUUUAAUAAGAAGAUAUAUAAUUUCAUUUCACUUUUUGCGAUCAUUGUUCUUCGAUUUUUUUCUUCUAUUUUUUUUUAUCCUGACUUUAAACAUAAUUUUAAUAUAAUUUUUCUUAUCAUGCUGUUAAAUGUUUCUUUAUUUUAAUAUUCUCUUCAUUUGAUCAAGAAAAUUUAUAAUUUUUUUCGUUCCUUUUAUCUGAUAAAACAAGAAGAUAUGUAACCUCACUUUAUUUUUUGUGAUCCCUUUCUUUUUUGUAUUUUUUUUUCUUAUUUUAUGUAAUUCUGAUUUUUAUGUAAUUUUUUCUUGUUGCUAUUGAGUGUAUUUUUUGUAUUUUAAAUACAAUUCUAUUUAAAUUUCUUUGAAGAUCUUGUAUAUUGGCAUCUUCUAUUUCUUAAUUUUUUCUUCGUAAAUCGAUUUUUUUUUAUCUUAUCUUAUAAUUACACAAUCGAAUCCUUGUUUUUUCCUUUCGACUUUGUAUCCUCGACAAUAAAUGAUUUUUUAUUUUUAUACUCAUUCGUAUGCAGCGUAUAUGCGUGAAAAUGUAUGUAACUCGAAAUAAUAUUUGAAUAAAUGUACAAGUAAUAUUCUGCCAUACAUCAAUUAACUUAAAGAGAAAAUUAGCAAAAUAAUCUUUUCAGUUUCAUUAAAUGAAAUUAAUAAUGAAAUUACGAAUUUAAUUAAAUUUUUGAAUAAUUAUUCCAAUUUCAACAAUACAAUGAAAAGUUUUUUUUUUCUUUGUUAAUUUAAAUUUCUUUCGUAAUAAAUAAUAAUUAUAAUAGUGAUAAUAAAUUAUUCUUGAUUUUAAUUAUCGUUCAUGAAUUUCGUGAAUUUGAACGCUUAAACUAUACGAAUAUCACGUGACACGAAUGUUUAUAUACCAACAUUAUUAGACUUUGUCACAUCGCGUGUGCAACAAUAAGAAGCAAACUAUUACAUAAAUAUCUCGACAUAAAGAAUUCGAAUAAUUGCGUGAACGUGUGAAAUGAACUGAUGUUUCAAUGUCAGUAUCAAUGUGCAAAGAACACUGGACACAUCACAAUAAUGGGUGAAAAGACAUUCAACCUUACGUGGAACAAUCACCUAGCCAACUUGUCUGGAUUAUUCGAAGGAUUGUACAAAAGUGGUUCCUUGACAGAUACAACGUUAGCUUGUCAAGAUGGAAUGUUGAGGGCGCAUAGGUUGGUCUUGGCCGCGUGUAGUCCUUACUUCGAAAGAGUCUUCAAAGAACAUUAUGGUGAACAGCCAAUUCUUAUUUUAAAAGGUGUGGCAGUCGAAGAGAUGGAGUGUCUUCUCGACUUCAUGUAUCGCGGUUCGAUCGACGUUGCCGAGGAGCAUUUGCCCUCUUUGAUCAAGACUGCGACGGAUUUAGAGAUCCGUGGCCUUUCUGGUGAUCAGAGAAACCAAGAAAACAGUCGCAGCUCUUACACGAGGGUCGAGACGCGGAUGCAACGUUGUCAUAUAGAAGCGAGAGUUCACACGACAGAGUACAUGAAGGAGCCGUCCGUGAUUCCAUUCUUACCGAAACAGUCUUCCAUAGAAUCGUUAGAGGAUCACAUUAAGGUGGAGGAGAUCGAGGUGGAAGACGAUCCAAUGGUGAUUGACGGUCACGAGGAUGCGUUCGACGAACCGUUGCAUACCUCUGACACGCAAAUCAGACGUAUGCCGCCUCCUAUGUACAAACGAGAGACGAGGUUCAAAGGUCAGAAAAGAGUCUCUGUGGGACGUUCGACGAGGAACAAUGAUAUAUUGGAAUAUAGAUCUAAGGAUCGCGUCAUUUCGAAGGAAGAUUCGACGAGGGAGAGUUACGAGGAUUCGAGUGCGGUUAAAUGCGAGUCGAAUUUUAAUAACGGUUCCUCAGAUCCUACGGUACCGGAUAUACAGAUGAACGACGACUUACAAGAACGAGAUGAAAGUCUGGAUUCUUCGAAGAGUAUGGACGAUAAUUCGAGAUUAAGUAUGAAGAAAAAGGGUGAUAUAUCUACGAAGAGAUCAGGAUUGAACGAAGGAAAAGAGACCAGGCCGAUACAAACCAAGUCUGAAAAAGCUCAGUAUAAACCUUUCUCUUGCGAUCUUUGCACUUUAGCCUUCACGAGAGCUUCUCAUUUGGCUAGACACAGAAGGGUUCACACAGGUGAACGACCUUUUGCCUGUAGUAUUUGUCCACGAAUGUUUGCUAGGCAGGACAAGUUGAAGCAGCAUUUGGACUCGCAUUUACAAUGGCCAAAGAGAAAGAAUAACUUGUCGAGUUCCAGUUGUCAGUCGGUUUCCUCUGUACCUGGUAAAGCAAAAAGGGGUAGACCGAGAAAGGUGAAUUUAGAACAAUCAGCUAUGGAAGAAAUUUUAAAAUUUGGAGAAUUCAGUUCUUUGUUAAACAAAUCACAUUCUGCGAAUUCGGCAGAGAAGAAUGAAGAUUUAGCAUCCAUUGAAAAUGAAGGGAAACUCAAAGAACAAGAAGAAGACAUAGUGGAAGAAGGAAAUGAGAAUAAAGAUAAAGAUGCGAAUAAGGACAAAGACAAUUAUGGGUGUCAGGUAGAAAACGGUCAAGAUAUCGUUUAAAUAAUUUUUCAUUUCUUUUCGUAUUUCUAUAAAAAAUAUUUUUCUAUGGGUAAGAAAUCGUAAUAUGGUUAAAGAGUGAUGAAAAUUAUCGAGCUUCUCGAUCAACGAUACGAAUCAGGUACUUUUCUCGUUUUUUCUUUGUCCAAGUAACUUUUAAUAAGGAAGGACAAAUUAAUUAGAAAUUUCAUAUUACAUAUAUCAUGGGAUUAAUUAGAUGAAAAGAUUUUAACUAUCUUUUAAGUGCAAUAAUUUUUCUAAUUCUCUAUGUUUGUUUUUUUCAAAGAAAAUUCGUAUUUUUUAAUCUAGCAACGUAAAUUAAUAAGAUCGUAAAUUGGUUAAAAAUUAUAUUUCAUAUUUAUAUAGCUAAGAUAAAUACGCAACGAUAUACUAUAUUAGAAACAUUUCACUAUAUACAAUGGUAAUUAGGUAUUACAUCGUUUCGAAACUUAAAUGGAAUGAAAUUGUUGCGAAAUGAUUGUUACUCUUAUACGAAAUUUCAACAUAUUUGUUUUACUUUAUUAUAAUACUUCGUUCUUUAUUAUAAUACUUCGUCGAAGUAGUUGAGAUAAUAACGAGAUUUAAUUCAUACAAAUAAAAACAUAUAGGUAUUUGGAUUAUCAAUUCAACAUGUAAAAAAAUACAAUUAAUUAUUCGUAUGAGUCAUUCAAAAUUAUUUCGAAGCUUAAAAGACAAAUGAAAAAUUUAUUUAAAUUUAUGAAAAUCUUAUUGGUUAGACUUCAUUGUAUGCAAGAUGAGCGAUUUCUAUGAUAUAAAACAUUAUUCGUUAAAAUAUCAAUAGAAAAAUAUAAAUAUAUAUAUAAAGCAAAUUUUCUUAUUUCAAAAAGUUUCUUUUAUGAUUUGUAACAAUUGUUUAAAUGAAUCAUUGCAUUAUUUCAUUUAUUGAUAUUUUUUCAAGAUAGAUCUAUCUUCAUGGAUACUUUUUUCAUGGAAUUUAUCCUUUUUAUUUCUAAAUUUUUAUUUAAUAUCUCUCCAAUUUCAAUUAUCUGAGUAUUUGCAAGUUUAGAAUUAACAAAGUUAUCACUAUAAUUUAACAUGUUAAAUGAACAUAACCUAACUUCAUAUUUAAUCUUCAAAUAUUUUUUCCAUUCAUUGCCUAACCUAAUCUAAACUCAAAGUUUUUAUAUAAAAAGACAUAUAUCAUUGAAUUCUUUUUUUCAUAUCGAAAACUUAAAAACAUUUUAUUACAAAAAUUAUCAUCUUGCAUAAAAUGAAACGAAGCUUUGUCUUUUUUUUUAAUAAAAUUAUCGAUAAAACAUGAUUUAAAUUUAGGUUUUUUGAUUUGUAAAUCAUAAUUGUACUCAUAUUUGUCUUCGAUUUCCUCGCAAAGGCGAAAUAAUCUUACGAAAUAAUUUUUAUCACGGCUUUUAUAUUUAUUUAUUUAUUAAGAUUUGUGGUAUUCUUGUUAUAGAUUAAAUAGAAAUUUGUUCGAAAGAGUACCUGAAGCACCUACGUUAGAUUACGUGAAAUUAACUAACCGAGGGUGAAUACAGGCCAUAUAUAGGAAAAAAUAAUAAACAAUCCUUAUCUCCCAUUUUUCGAGAUGAUUGUUUAGGUACUGAUAAGUCGGAUUUUACGACGAUCCAUUACGUCGUUUAAGACACGAUAUUUCUAUCGUACGAUAAGAUUAGGAGAUGAAAUUUAUGUUGAAAACUCGACCAAAUUACUUAAGCUGGAAGACUGUGGUAUGGUUUGCAUUGUGAAACUGUUUAACUGAUUCGAGUUAUCGAAUUCGUUUAUGUUCUUAUAUUAAUUAUUAAUUUAGGAGGAAUAUUUAUAUAUAUUUAUUUUACGUUGUUGCUCUAAUAUGAUAAACUUAUAAUUAAAUAAUUAUGCAAUAUAUGAUUAUUAACGCAAGAUGAAUUUUAUAAAAUUUACUUCAUUUUUAUUAUUUUUAUCGAUAAAACGAUUUAUAUUUGAACAGAUGUUUUUAAAUGUAGGCCUAAGAUAUGUUCGAAUUAUUUAAAUGCCUAAGAAACUUUUUAAAACUUCAUUAUAUGGAAAAAAAAUUUUUUUCUUUUUUCCAAAUUUUCAUACGAAUAUAUAGAUAUAACGUUAAUAAACUUGUCGUUAAAAUUAAUUUUAAAAUAUAUAUUUCUCUGAACUUAUUGCUAUAAAAAUUAAAGUUUACAGUUAAAUGUACGACAGUGCAAACUACAUCUAUGUAGAUGAGGCUCAAUCUCAGAUUCUCAGAGCCGAGAAAAAAAUGUAGCUUCGAAUAUUUUGUUAUACACGCGAUUAUAAAUACUUCAAGUACAAAUGUCCAAAUAUUAGAGUAUACGUGUGCGUAAGUGUGCGUGCCUGUCGUACUAUAAAUUAAAAAUGGAAAAAACAAUAGUAUGGUGAAUAGCGUUCAAAAAUUAAUCGGUGCAAUUUUUUUUUUUUUUUUUUUUUGCGUUUAAUAAACGAAAUUUGUUAAUUUGUUUUUUUUUUUUAUUAGAAACGUAACCUCUUAAACGAUUUUUGAUCGACGUUUUCUUGUGUUCUUGUUUUGUAAUUUUAUAAGUAGCUAUUAUAAUUGCGCUUACAUUUAAUUAAAUGAAUUAAUUCGAUACUUAAAAUAUGGAACAAUGUACAUUUGUAUUUUUUCUAGAGACGCUAUUAUUUAUUUGCAUUGACUUGUCAUUUCUAUAUCAAUAGAAAAUACAAAUAAUUUUUUUAAUUUUUAUAUUAUUCUUACAAUUAAGAUAAGAAAUAAUCAUUAUUAUUUCCAUGUUUUAAGAAUGAAAUAACAAAUGUUUGUGAAUAUCGAAUUAUUCAUUUUGAAUCGACGGAAAGCCAAUUUUGUUCGAGUUCAAUAUAUAUAUAUAUAUAUUGAAUAUAUAAUAUAUAUAUAUAAUAUAUAUAUAUAUACAUAAUAUAUAUAACAUAUAUAUAUAUAUAUAUUUAUAUAUAUUAUUAUUAUUAUAUAUUAUAAUAUAUAUAUAUAUAUAUAUAUAUAUAUAUAUAAAAUAUUAUAUUAUAAUUAUGUAGUAGACGUUAACGCCAUCUUCAUUGUGUUUUCUGUAAUAUCAGUUGUUGUUGUUGUACGAAUUGCAUUUUAUUUCGUUAAAUUCUUGUUGCUCGACUUACCAGUGUUACACUUCCCGCAUUAAAAUUUUUAUUACGGCGAUGUGCAAUUUAUUUCAGUGACGUGACCUCCACGUGGUCUAUCGCAGACAAAUUUACGAGUGUACUUGGUGCAAUCCUUUAGAGCGUCCAGAAGGUCGUACGCGAGUCUUCAUAUCUUACAAUGUAUAUUGUGUAGCAUGUGUAAAUAAAUUUUAAAGUCAAUGUCUACUUUAAUUAGUAAAUUCCCAAAUAUAUAUUAUAUAUAUAUAUAUAUUUUGAAGUAUAUCAAUGAUCAAAAAUUUAGAAUCAUUAAUUUAAAUCCAUAAAAUUCGAUUAUUUAAAAAAAUAAUAAAUUAAAUUAUUAUUUUAUAAAAAAAUUGAUCGAUCCAAAUUUUUAGCUAAUAAUGAAUGUAUAUAUGUUAUAUGUGAAAAAAAUUUGUCAAUUUAUUUUUGUUUGUCACUUUUUUAUUUCAUCUAAUUCUUAGAAAGGAGUUAUUUAAUAUGUUAAAAUUAAAAAUGUGAGAAAUUUGUAACAUAUAAUAACGAACAGAUUAAUAAAAUGAUGAAAAUGAAAAAAAUGAUAUAAUUAAAAUAAAAAAACUAUUAAUAUUUUCCUUCUUGUUACUCGCAAUUGUCAUUAUAUUCUCCGACAUAUAAUAUAUUUUUACAAAUACAUUUUCUUUUCGCUUAUACACAGACUUUUUCAAGAGUCGGGUAGGAAAUUUAAGAUAAUUAUUCCGUUUAGCAUAAUCGUAUAUACUUUCUCUUCUUCAUGAUUUGCGAUGAUUACGUAACGCCAAAAUUGUAUACUAAUUCAUGAUAUCCGAUGUCAUUGAUAAAAAAAUUACGAAAAAGAAUCGUCUUAGUUCGAGAUUGGCCUCGAGAGAUAUCGUGAUCACGAUAUUUCAUCGAUAAAAUUUAUAUCGGUGAAUUAAUAUUUUCUAACAUCAAUUUACUUUUUAUGUGUUUUUCUUUAAACAAAUUAUCUUAUAUUAAUGGCAACAUCGAAAGCACGAUGCUUUUUCUAUAUUUCUUUUUCUUGCUCUAUUUCUUAUUUCUAUUGAUUGCAUUUAUGUAUAUUAUGCAAAUGCAUUUUACGAUAGCUGCGUCAAAGAAGAAAUGCACGAUAACUUUGAAAAAGUUUUUUUUAUAAGCUUCUGUUUCUGCUUCUCGAGACGAAUUCGAUCUGGACGAUUCUUUACAUUAAUUUUUCUUUAUAUAUACGUCCUUGUCAUCGAAAUCGACAUAUUAAAACCACCUUGUAUCAACAUUAUUGUUCUCAAAUCUAUUUUCCUCCGGAUUACAUAGAAUUUUUCAAAAUUAUUAGAAAUAUUGAAGAUUUAUGAAGAUAUUCAUUUAACAUAAUGAUUCAAAAUAAUAAUAAUAUAAUUUAAAUUAUAUAUUCAUCAUAAAUUAAAAUUAAUCAGAGGAAAAUAGGAAAACAAUUUGUCUACAGAAUACGAGACUUGAAUAAAAAUAUUUUAAUUACAAGUUUACGCAUAUCAUUCAGACAAGCAAGCAAACAUACAUAUUCAACAAUGGCGAUAAAUAUCUUAGAUAUAAACAGUAAUAUUUAUUGGCUAAAAAUUUGUCAACCAUACAACAUAACAUAUAAUAGUAUAUAUAUGUAAUAACUUAAAAUUUAAAAAGAAUGGAAAACAAUUAUUCAAAUAGAUUCAAUACAAAUCUUUCCUUUCAUUAUCUUUUUAUUUAUACAUAGUUCAUAAGCUGGGCAGGCUCGUGCGAAAUUGUAAUGUUGCAACACGUUAACAUGCUAUAAAACAUGACGCAGAAUUUUUAUUGACAAUUAACCUGUACGCAGCAAUUUUCUCGUAAUUGUAAAUUAUGUUUUUAAAUUCACUCAUUUUUAUUUUCAGUUUUAAUAUUAUUUUAAAAUAUUUUAUUUUAUCUCUAUAAUUUUAAAAUUAUUAAAAAUUAAACGAAGAAAAUUAAAUAAUUAUUUUACGAAUUAAAAAUUGCAACGCACAGAAAAUAUCUGUAUUAUACACAGAACUUGUAUUGUACAUAUGCAUACGUAUAUUUAUAGUUUAACAUUCGAAAUCUUUAAUGAUCAGGACUGAAAAUUAUACACAACAUAAGUCGUUCCAGUAAUUACAAAUUGCGAGCUGCACGCUUUUGUGUUACUAAUAACAAGAACAUACCUUAAAUUUUAUCUUAUUGUCGUAUAAAAUGCAUAUAUCUUUUGACAUAUUUUCAAGUGAAUUUUACACCCCAAUCAUAUAAUAAAAUGCUUUAUGUGCUCGAUACUUAUCGAUAUUUUGUGCGAUACAACGAUGUUUUUUUUUUAUUCUGUAUUUACUUUCAACUAUUUUAUGCCUCUCGCAUCUCUCUCGAUUUAUAUCUCUAAUAGGAUAUUUCUGUGAGACAAUUCGAUUUAUUAUUUCGCACAAUCUUUAUAUGAUUAUGUACGAAUUUGUAUCUGGUAUUUUAAUUAAAACAAAACAAAAAAAAUGAUUACAAAAUCUUAAUCGAUACAAAUACGUGAUUUUCGCAAUAUUCAAUUCAAUUAAAAAGUAUUUUUUUUUCUUUUCCUUUUAUAAAAGUUGAAUUUUAUUAAUUGAAAUGUGCAUUGAUACGCUCGAAGUAUGCGAUUCUUCACACUCUCAACUUGACACGCGCACGCAUGCAUGUACAUACACACGCAUACACACAUACACAUACACGAUCGCGAGUGUGUGAAUAUUAUCGAUAUAUCGACGAGUUUUUUGAACCCUCUUCUAACAAUUGUAAAUUAAUAAUAUCAUUUAAUAUUUAAAAAUUUAACAAGUUAUCGAUAUUAAAAAUGUGCAUAACAAUAAUAAUUUUACUAAUAAAAUGUAAAUGAAGUUUUAUAAAUAAAUUUUACUUAUGAAUUAUCUAAUCUAUUCAACGUAAAUUAAUAAAAUUGUGAAAGAAAAAUCUAUAUUACUUGCAACUUGACAAAUCUUCAAUAUUUUAGUUAAUAAAUUAUUGCAAGAGAGGGCCCUGGUAGUAUCAUACUUGUUAGAUUCUAUUAAUUUGCUUUUGAAAUGCAAUAAUCUUUUAAUUGAUAAUAUUGCUUUUAAACAAUGGAUUUCGUAUCAAAUGUUUUCAAUUCAUUGAUCAGAACUUAUACUUUCAAAUUUGUUUAAAAAUAUUGUUUUUUGUAACUUUGGUGCUUUAUAAAUUCUUAAUUUGAAUCAAUGGCAUAAAAGUAUUUGAAAUAUUCGACACAAUGUACGUAAUUAUAAAGAAGUUAUGAAUCAGAUGAAAUGUAUAUAUAUAUAUGUAUGUAUGUAUGUAAAUAUUAUUUAUGUCUCUUUAUAUUUUCUUAUUUGUAUGUCACUAUAAUUUGCAAUAGCUGUUAUAUCUUAGAAAUUUAUAUCGAGUGAAUGUUUAGAUAAUGCUAUUGAUCAAAGCGAAUAAUUGAUAAUUUCAAUUUUUAUUCAGUAUGAAUUGUGAUAUGAUUGCAUUUGUUUACAACAUUGUUAAAUUUGUAUGUGAUUCUCUCAUACGCAGGUAACAGUGUCAGAAAGUAGGAUUACUACGAUUCGAUUAAAAAUGCGUAGUAUUUCUAACCUAAAAAAAAGUUUACUUAGUUAAAGAAACCAAAAUUUCUAAUAAUAUUUUCAUCUAUUUUUCAUUUUUCCUAAAAAAACACGUAUUCGAUCAUUUUUUAUAUAUAUAUAUAUAUAUAUAUAUAUAAAUUAAAAAUAAUAGUCAAAAUAAUUAUCAUAAGAUUCGUAUUUGUGUCAUUGUUGUCAUUUCUACUACACAAGUAACACAUUUUAAUACAAUACAUUCUGACACAUUUAAUAUUACAAUUAUAUUGAACAAUUUUCUUCCUUUCUUUCAACUAUUUUUUCAAAUCAUAUAUAUAUUAUUCUAGAACAAAAUCAUCGUUAAUCGUGUAAAAUAAUCGAUCGUUAAUCAUUGAACUAUUUGGAUUGAUCUACACAACUUACGAUUUGAUUUAACAUGAAUCACAAAGGUGAUCGUUUCGGUAACAAGAAAUACAAUUUUCGUUCUUCUACUUCACAGAAUCUAUUCUUCAAAGUAUUUCACGAAUUAAUAUUUGGAAAGAAAUUGGAACAACUAAUGAAUAAUUACCUUUGGCGCAAAUACAAGAAACACAGUGACAGAAGUAGACAAUUGUUACCGAUAGCUAAACUAUGGUCCCACCAAUUGAAGGAGCAUUGAUUGAACUUUAGACCAUAAUUGUCGGCUAUCUCUUCAGCGUAUGGUGGUGCGCUGAGCGUCCACGUGCCCAGAUAAAUUAACAUUACUAACAAUAUCGGGACCAUCCAUUGCAGCAAUUGUUUGUCCGUGAGCUUUACUUUGUGCGCGCUUUUUACACGGUUUUCAUCAACAAUGCGGUAUAAGAAAUACAAAAACCAAGAUGUCUUGUCCAUUUGGUCGCGAUACAAGAAUACAUGUCCAAAACCGGAAAUAUCGCGGCCAUCUAAGCACGUAAAAAAGAGCUUGAAAUAAUAAAUUAUACGUACUUCAAGAUACAUGAUGGCGCAACCCAAAAGCGUGAUAGACAAAAAUAUCGGCGAAGCAACCUUGAACACUUUGAGUUUACGGUGUUGAUACAUGUAGACGACUAGGAUGAUAGUACCAAACACACAGAAAAUAGAGAACGAUAAAAGAGCGAUUCUGCAAAAAUACUCGGUUACUUCUCGGUUUAAAAAAUAAAGAAGGACAAAUUCGUACCGGAAGGGCCAGUUGUAGGUGGCCAGACAAGGUUCCGGCCCCUUACAUUUAACGCAUCCCGGGGCACAACCUAAAGUUAUACUAAUAAUGCAUUCACUCGAGACGAAGAGUUGAACUAUCCUUACUAACUUUCGACGAGGAUUCCAUUGAAAGCGGAUUGAUGUUGGUUCUUGUCGUAAUAACCUUUUCGACAUUUGCAUAUAUAUGCACCCUUUGCCCAACCAGCGCCGACGCCAUUUUGAUUUAUACGAUUGCUCGGACUUUGAUAUUCACACUGAAAGUCAUGGUACAUGGAAACAUCAGGUCAAAAGAAUUACCUGAGUGGUGUCGGUAUGACAUUUGUGCGUGCCUUUAAAAGAUGCUAUUUGAUUACUUAGAAUUUCAUUCUCAUUGCUAUGCGGCGAUGGAUCACAUUGAUUUACUUCUAGCCCGCUAAUAUCGAUAUCUACGCUUAAAAAUUCACGAACCCUUGAACAAAAUAUAAUUUCAUCAACAUUUGUUAAAAUAGUUGGCCGCUUUAUUCAGAAGAAACAGAAUUAGAAAUCGAUCCAAAGAGUUGUAGAUUCGAUUGAAAUUAUCAAAUGAAAGUUUUGACACAGUUUUUCACUGCAGUAUUGUCAUCAAGUAUGCACAGCCAUCUUGUUGCAUUUUACAAUUGUUUUCCACAUUAACUACGAGAAAUACGGGAUGGUCCACCAACCCCUGUAGGAUUCAAUCGCCGGUGACUGCAUGAAUUUCGGUGACCUGGGAUAACACGCAAACGCCACAAACCGCCAUAGAAACUUCGAUUUUUUCACGCAUACAUGUUUCGUGCAACGACCCCAUUAUUAUCUUGCUUUUUCUUUUUGUCUCUUUCUUUUUAAAUCCUGGCACUUCACGGUCAUCCGGUAUAUACGAACAUUAAAUUUUGACAUUAAUUAAAAUUGACAUUUGAAUUAAAUGGAUAUUGUCUGAAUAUGUAUCUAAAAGUUUUUAAUUAAUUAGAAUUCACCGUGUAAUAUAUUAAGUGAUAUGCUUUGAUAUUUUUCUUUCAAUAUUUUUCCUUUCGGAGUAAAAAAGAUUAGAGAUUAUUUUUUCAAGAGACCAUUAUUUUUUUCGUAUUUCGUUUUUUCAUUUUAACUCUUUGAUAAACCUUGAAACGAUCUAUAUUCAUAAAAUAUUUAUUUAUAUCUGAAGUAUAAGUGAAAAAGGUUGAAAAGAAAUAAAACACCCUCUAUAUUAUAACUAUUGUUUUGAAUCAUAACUAGAGAUUAUUUCUGAUAUAUAUUUUCGUAAAAUAUGUAUGAAAAUAUUUACCUCAUAAAAUAUGCAUUAGUUUUAACAUGCUAAAUCCUAAAGCGAUCGCUUUCGAAUUAAUUUUCGAUAUUAUAAUUAUUCUGAAUUACCAUCCAUCCAUUAAAAUUUCAAUUUUAAUAUAUAAAUACAUAAUAAUUUAAAUAAUAUAAAUAUAACAAUUCUCAAACAGACAAAAUUGAAAAAAUUAAUUUACGAUCUGAUUCUUUAGGGACUAGGCUAUUGAGAGAAUUCUUUAUCACAUCUCGAGUUAAACAACUUGAGAAAACUGCAUCCACGUUGUCUGUAAAUUGUCGCUUUCUCUAGUGAACAUACCAUUCGUCGAAAUCGAUCCAAAUGCGAUCGUUUGGUCCAAAUACCAAUCAUUUUGUUACGACAACUACCCACGCCAAUAAUUCGACCAAUGCAUACUGACAUGCAUACAUUUUUCAUCCUGAUUCAGACUGUACUAUAAAUACUAUAAUACUAUAAUACUAGAAUACUAUAAUCAGUGUUGUCAAUCGUUUCAUAUUGUUAUAUUCGAUGGUUAGUUUCACGAUGCCAAGUUAUAAAUAUCGUAGCGCCAUACACACAUAUGAUAAAAAGCUUUUAACGACGUACCGUUGGCAUAUUGAUUAUCGUAGAAUUCUCUUUAAGCGAUUACAUUCCCCUUCAAAAUGAACACCCUUGAAUAUAGUGAACGCCGUAUCUUUAAUAUUUAAUGAACGGAAAAACAUCAACAAUUUUCAUAUUUUCGUAAAAUAUUUCGUAUCUGAUAUCGUAUACUUACAAAAUCGAAUGUAAGUUUUUGAAUAUUCAGACAAUAUAUUUUAACAAAUGUUAGAAACAAGAGAAAAAUUAAAAAUUCGAAAAAUUCGAAUCUUAUUUCUGCGUGUCGAGUUUCUAUGACUUGACGCUUGUACAAGAUGAUGAAGGAUGAUGAAUGAUCGUGGAGCGCCUAUAAAAUGUUUAUUUUCUUCUCGGUAGAAUUGUUCUUAGAUAAAUAAUUGUUUAUGGUAAGAACAUCGUAUUUUGUUAAAAUUUAUGAUAUUCGUAUUUUUAUCGAUUUUUGGUUACUGCGUUUAGCUACUUUACCGAGAAGAGGUAACGAAAAUUGAAUAUGGAGGGCGAGAUGCAAAAUAAAAUUUUUUUGUGCUUGUGCGUGUGCGUGCGUGCAGGUUGAUGCUUCUUAAAAAGCUAAGUGCAGAUGUGAUCAUAUUAUAUUUAAUUAAUCGAUGAGUGUCACUUCUUAUGAAUAUUAGAGAACUUAUAUAAUAUAAUAUUAAUUACAUAAUUUUAAAAUUUUGAUAAGAAAAAUAGAAAAUGGAUCGAAAUAUGAAUAUAUCGAUACAUGCGAUUUUCGAGAACGUGCAUCGAAUAAAAAUCGAAAAAGGUGCGUGAGAGAUUGAAAUUCGAACGGUUAGAUAAAUCUAACCUUAAUUCUGUGGUGGCACCCGCAUUUUCGAACCACGGUAAAUUAGAAUCCGGUAUAGAUCCCGGCUGGAGUCCAUGGCUCUCGACCUUGAAUGGUUCUCCGACACUUCCCGGGCUUCUUUCCAACCAGACUGCACUAAUUACUGCACCCGUGGACGCGUUUAGUGCGAUCACCCUUGUCUCCACGGCGUCGUUCACUGACAUCAGUAACGACUUUGCUAGCACAUCUAAAAGCGCUACAAUAUUAAAUUUCAACGAAUUAUAAAUGUAUCAGCUAUCAGCUAUUAUUAUUAUUAUGUGGUAAUAUAUAAAGUUCAAAGAUGUUAAAGAUCUGAUUUUAAAAUCAGUCCACGCGCAGAGUCGCAAAAGCAUGAAGAUAUAAUCGAUAUACCUCGAUAACAUGCAUAUUCUCGUUACCAUUUUAGCCGAUGAAAUUCGAUUAGGUGAUGAUAUACCAGGUCCCGGACAAAUUGGAUUGUUGACAAUGCGGUCUGUCAUCGUGCACGGUUUAUUAGCCAAAUCGAUUUUAUCUUUCUCUUAUAGAUUGAAACGAUUUGGAAUUCGAUAGAAAAAAAGAAAAUAGAUCUUCUUUAGUUUGGAAUACUGGAAACACCAUUAUCCUUUCUCAUUUUUCUUGUUUAACGAAAAAACAUAUGAGAAGAAAUUGCACAAAAGUUACAUGAUAAAACAAAUAGAAAAAAAAAAAUGAAAUUUUUCUUUUGUGAAAUAUACGCGUUUUAAAAUCUUAAUAUUAUAUUUUACAGUGUAUAUAAGGAAAAAAUGUUACAAAAUGCCAAGAUUUUGGAGCAUCAGGGCUGUCAUGUCAGCUUUUUGACGUGCGGUAUCGUAACGUCGAGGAUCAAGUGCUACGGCAGCUGGUAAAGAUUUAAAACCAGCUGUCGUGGCACAAUCUUCACCCAAUGAUCCGGUUGAUGCCGCUUCUAUCACGUCCAGAGCUUCUUCGAUACCCGCCUUCGAAAUAGAACAGGAUCCGUAUAGAAACAAUGGAAGAUUCUUUUAAAAUUUAACUUAACUUAAGAUCAAUAUUGACUUUUAGUCUCAAAAUAUAUAUAUAUUAUUGGAGGAUUUUUCUAAAAUUUAACAUUUCAUUUAAAUAUAAUAAAAUAUAAGUAUUAAAUUGAUUUAAAUAAUUUAAACAUAAGAAACAAAUUUUGCCAAAGAAUUAAAAGUUACUGAGAAAUAUAAUUUUUUCAGGAUUCUAUGGAUUAAUUUUGGGGAAUAAUAAAGAGAUAUUUUACCCUUUUUGUAUCGAGGAUUUCGGUGCUGGUAAUCGUAGAGAGGGACGGUACCGAGGUCGAGGUAGCCGUCGUUACAGUGAUGUACGCCAUCAUCGUCAUCGUCGCAGGAAACAGGGCCCAAAGCCAAGAUUUGCCCAUCCCGCGUACUGCUCAUUUGUACUUUGAAAUAAAUUGAUACGUGAUAUAUAAAUAUGUAAUUAAGUGCGUAGUUAAAGGUAAAAAGAGUUUAAAUAGUACAAUCAUUAAUAAUAAUAUCAUUAAUAUAUAAUUUUAAAAACAAA